UUGCUCCGCCCCCUUCGGGCUGGCCUGCUUUCGCAGGAGCUGGGGUUGACGUUCCUGCCGGGUCCGGGCUGGGUUCGGAAGAUGCUGCUCGGCCCACCUCAGCUGUGAGACCAGCGGAGCGUCCUGCACCCCUUUAAUUUGGUCGACCGCAUCAAACCCCGGGAAGUCAUGUCCACAGGUUUCUCUUUUGGGUCUGCGACCGCGGGCUCCACCACCAUGGCCACCGGCGGGACCGGCACAGGCGGCGGUUUCUCCUUUGGCACCGGCGCAUCUAGCAAUCCUUUGGGGCUCAAUUUGGGAACCCUUGGAAGCACACUUACUCCAGCAACUACAUCUGUUACUUAUGCUUUUGGAGCUGGAACUGGAGGACUCUUUGGAUCUAAGCCUGCGACUGGGUUCACUCUAGGAGGAACAAAUACAGGAAUAGCAACAACUAUGACUACAGGAUUAACUCUGGGAACGCCAACUACUACAUCUGCAUCCACAACAGGCUUCAGUUUAGGAUUCAAUAAACCAGCAGCAUCUGCUACACCAUUUGCUCUGCCUAUUACUUCUACCUCAGCUAGUGGUCUCAGUCUUUCAUCUGCUCUGAUAUCUACUCCAGCAGCGUCUACAGGCUUUACCCUGAAUAAUUUGGGAGGAACCACAUCUACGACUACAGCUGCGUCUACAGGCCUUUCCUUAGGGGGAACCCUAGCUGGUUUGGGAGGUUCACUUUUCCAGAGUACAAACACAGCAACAUCAGGACUUGGACAGAAUGCUUUAGGUUUGACUUUGGGAUCUACAGUAGCCUCUUCAACUACAGGCAAUGAAGGGCUUGGUGGCAUAGAUUUUAGUAGCUCAUCAGAUAAAAAGAGUGAUAAAACAGGAACAAGAGCAGAGGAUAGUAAAGCACUGAAAGAUGAAAAUCUACCUCCUGUUAUUUGCCAGGAUGUGGAAAACCUUCAUAAAAAGACCAGUAAAAGUGAUUGGUUUCAUAUGUGCCACCCAUGGUUCAAGCAGGAGUUAAAGAAUGCUGAAAUAGCUUUAAGAACACAGAAAACACCUCCUGGACUCCAACAUGAGAAUGCAGCUCCUGCUGACUAUUUCAGAAUCUUGGUUCAGCAGUUUGAGGUACAGCUUCAACAGUAUAGGCAACAGAUUGAAGAACUAGAGAACCAUCUUGCCACUCAAGCAAAUAAUUCUCAUAUAACUCCUCAAGAUUUGUCAAUGGCUAUGCAGAAAAUAUAUCAAACAUUUGUAGCUUUAGCUGCACAACUUCAGUCUAUUCAUGAAAAUGUAAAGGUGCUCAAAGAACAGUACCUUGGCUACAGGAAAAUGUUCUUGGGAGAUGCUGUAGAUGUGUUUGAGGCCAGGCGGGCAGAAGCUAAGAAGUGGCAGAAUACACCCAGAGUUACCACUGGGCCCACACCCUUCAGCACCAUGCCAAAUGCUGCAGCCGUUGCCAUGGCUGCAACACUUUCACAGCAGCAACAGCCUGCUACAGGGCCACAGCCAUCUCUGGGAGUUAGUUUUGGAACGCCAUUCGGCUCAGGUAUUGGUACUGGCUUGCAAUCAAGUGGCUUAGGUUCUUCAAACCUUGGAGGAUUUGGAACUAGCUCUGGUUUUGGAUCCAGCACCACAGGGGCCUCCACAUUUGGAUUUGGAACAACAAAUAAACCCUCAGGAAGUCUUAGUGCAGGAUUUGGCAGCUCAAGUACAUCUGGGUUUAACUUCAGCAAUCCUGGCAUCACGGCAUCAGCUGGUUUGACAUUUGGGGUGUCCAAUCCUGCAUCUGCAGGUUUUGGGACAGGAGGACAACUCCUUCAGUUGAAGAAACCUCCAGCUGGAAACAAAAGAGGAAAAAGAUAAACAUGGGUGGAUGCCUUGAGAGAACCCUUAGCAGCACUGAUCAUUCUAUGAGCCUAUUUUUCUAAUGAUGCAGUAAUUUAAUUGCAUCCCAGGAGAUUUAUAAAGUUUUGAUAUUUUUCCCUACUCUGGAAGUUGAACUUUGUUUGCCAUACUGAACAUCUUUUUUCUUGUGAAUUUAAAAUCUGGCUGGUGUUCUUUGUUCUUAUUUUUGAUUCUCUGUAACACAUGUUAUGAUUACAUCACUAGUUGAUAGUAAAAAACCAUUAGCCUGAAACCUGUUACUAACCUAAUGUUAAUAGUAAUGUCUUUGUUCAUAAGGUUUACAUUAUGUGAAUAUAUGCACAUUGGUUUCUUACACAGAUAAUAUGAAGUCUAGGGCCUACCCUAGAAUUAGUUUGUUCCUUGUUGCAGGCCUUUUAAACUACACUGCAGGGCGUCUUGUGAAUAUAUAUGUAAAUAUAUACAGACUAAAACACAAUUGUGUGCAUAUAAAAUACAUAUUUACAGACCUACAACUUUUGCCUCAGACUGUUCUCCCUUUUUAAGGGUACUCAAUUUUUCAAAUCCUCACUGCUUAUAGAAUGAUGAGUGAGAGAUGUAACCUCUCAUUUUAUUUGUUUGCUUAAAGACUUACUAAAUAGUUACUGGUGUAAAUAUUUGACCAACUCAGUUGCCCCAGUCUUUUCCAUUUUUGUCUCUACCUUCACCUUUAGCAGCUACUCUAAAUGAGAAAUGCUAGAAGAUUCAUCAAAUUUAACAACUUUUAUUACCCUAUGUAUUUUCGUAUGGCUUCUGUAAGAUCUCCUUGCAUAUUUAGAUGGGCCUACAGGAGCAUACAUAUUUGAACUCCAGACUGGUGUUCUGGGGGCAAAGAGCUAUUAAACCAAAUUGACUCUAUGCAGGUGAAGGAUGCACUAUUACUCUAAGUGAAAACUUUUCUAACUAUUCCAAUACAAGAGUUCUUUCUUAUAGGGCUAUUGAUACUGACUGACACCAAAAGGAGUGACUCCUCAGCUUCUUAAUGUCUUAAGUAAGUGCUUGAUUUGGAAUAGAAAAACAGUAUAUUUAAAGAAAGAAAAAUAUUCUUUGUAGCAACUCUUCUGUCCCCAGUUGUAACAGGGAACAGAGCUCCAGGGACAGCAUAGGCAUGUCAGGUUGCAUCUGUGUAAUAUUUACCUAUAUUCCUACUAGAGGUGACAGGUGGAUGAAAGAAAAUGUUGGAAAGAGAGCUGCCUUAGUCACAAUUUCACAGAGAAACCAUUAGGUAGACCUAUUUAUCUUUCAAGUACAGUUUUCAGAUGGAAUAUAAACAUGGAAUUUCAUUGAAAACAGUUUAAUUUUUUAUACAGAAGGUUUUGUAGAUAAUGCACAUCAGUGACUAUUUUGAGAAUCAUUUUCACCAAGGUACCUUUUUUUCUAAAGUAGGUAUUACGUAUAUAAACCU